AUGGUGGCCAUGGUAGCUGUGGCGGCCAUGGUGGCCAUGGUGGCCCCGGUGGCCCUGAUGACCCUGGUGGCUGUAAUGGUCGCCAUGGUGGCCAUGGUAGCUGUGGCGGCCAUGGUGGCCCUGGUGACCCUGGUGGCCCCGCCCUGGCUGCCCGCAGUGUGCGCGGGGACGCUGAACGGGCUGAGCGUGACCGGGGACGCGCAGCACCAGUACCAGACCCUGCACAAGAUGUACAACAACUGCGAGAUCGUCAUGGGCAACCUGGAGAUCGUCCUCAUCGACCACAGCCAGGACCUCUCCUUCCUCCAGACCAUCCGCGAGGUGACCGGCUACAUCCUGAUCGCCAUGAACGUGUUCGCGGCGCUGCCGCUGCAGAACCUGCGCGUCAUCCGCGGCACGCAGUUCUACGAGGAGCGGUUCGCGCUCUUCGUGCUGCUCAACUACAACCCCAACAACACCCAGGCGCUGCGGCAGCUGCGGCUGCACCAGCUCACCGAGAUCCUGGCGGGGGGGGUGUACAUCGAGAAGAACGCGCAGCUCUGCCACGUGGACACGGUGGAGUGGAGGGACAUCAUGAGGGACACGCGGCUGGAGCCGCUCGUGAGGGACAACGGGCACGGCUGUGCCCCGUGCCACGAGAGCUGCGGCGGUCACUGCUGGGGGCCGGGCCCCGAGGACUGCCAGAAAUGUGGGCGCGCCCCGACGCUGAUCGCGGUCAUGGUGGUCGGCGCCGUUUUCCUCUCGUGCUCUCUGGUGCUGCUGGCGCUGCUCUACUGGCGCGGCAAGAAGAUCCAGAAGAAACGCGCGAUGCGGCGCUACCUGGAGCGGGGCGAGGGAAUCUGGAUCCCGGACGGGGAUUCCAUCAAGAUCCCGGUGAGCAUCAAGGUGAUCCAGGACUGGAGCGGGCAGCAAUCCUUCCACGCCGUCACCGACGUGAGUGUCCCCCUGGUGCUGUGGGUGGGUUUGGGGGUGUUCCAAGUGUCCCCCCGAAUCCCGGGGUGCUCUGGGGAUGCUCCAGGGAUGUUCCAGGUGCCCCCCUGGACCCGGGGUGUGUCCCCCUGA